AUGGCCGAGGCGAGGCGAGUUGCCAAGCUGUGUGUUUGUGAUCUGUUGGUGGCACAGUGUGAUGUAAAUUGCUGCUGUGACCCUGAUUGCAGUGCAGCAGAUGUCAGUCUCUUUACUACAUGUUCAGUUCCUAUUGUCACAGGUGACAGCCGUCUUUGUAGUCAGAAAGCUGCUAUAUAUUCACUUGACGUUGAAGCAAAUCCACCAGAAAGGAUAUUUAAAUUAAUUGACCAAGUCAAUCCCAGUGUUUUCUGCAUUCACGCUACAAACUAUAAACAAGCACUUUCCUUCAGUUCCCCUGAAAUGCCUACUUCGGAAAACUUUGAUCAGUUGCUUAAACAGUUUGGAAGUGCUUCUUUCAGUGCUGAGCCUGACAGCUGGAAUAUGAACACAGAUGCUCAAAAUCCUUCUGAUGCGAAUGAAACUUACAGUUAUGAGUAUGGUGUUCCUAUACAGACAGUGGAUGCAUUUCUAAGACUACCUAGUCCUGUUGUCUCCUCUUGGUGCUCUGAUGCGAAUCCUGCAGGGUUUUUAGUAAACCAGGCUACAAAAUGCAUUAGAUCAGUAAGUGUGGAAAAAUGUGGCAACAUUCAAGCAGUUAGUAUGCUGUUCUAUAUCAACUCCAGCAUUUUAGCCGUACCCAAAUCAAGUCAGAUGGUUAAUAUUACUGUCCAGUCCAUAGUUGUCCAGUCUCUGAAUGGAAUGCGGACUUUACUUAAUGGUAGUGAUGUCCUCAGGCUCCCUAUGAUUUUGGAUGAACUGUGCAUAAAUAUAGUUCUUGGGGUGAGUUAUCACAUUACAUACACAGACACAGGAGAAAUAAUAGAAGCAGCUGCUUCUUUUGUCUUGGGGGCAAUUAGCAAAGAAGCACUUUCAAUACAGCAGAGCUUUGAAAUCAGCUUUACUCAGGUAAAUACAAAGCCAGUUCCACUCAGUGGUAAUCCUGGUUAUGUUGUUGGACUGCCUGUAAGAGCAGGCUUCCGGCCACAAGGAUCUGGCAUCAUUCAGAAUACUAACAAAUACAGUCAACUUACCCUUCUGCAAAGUACAUCCAACCAGGACUGUCUGGCAGCACAAGGAGCCAGAACCCCAAUAUUAUUUGGUUAUAACAUGAUAUCGGGCUGUAAGUUAAGAAUUACUGCAGCUAUGAAAUGCCAGCCUUUGACUCAGACCCUCCUAGAUUUACUGAAGGGACAAAGCUUUCCUGAAUACGUGGCCUCAUUUGGAAAUUCUCAAGCCCAGGAUGUGCUUGACUGGGUGCCGAUAACUCACCUCCACACCUCAGAACAGAGCUCAUGCCAAAUACCAGUAUCACUUGAAAUAGAGGUGAAGUGGACUAAAUAUGGAUCCCUAGUCAAUCCACAAGCCAGAAUAGUGAACGUUACAGCAACGAUCACUACCACCACAUUGAAGCAGCUUCCCCCAGGAAGGGAAAGGACUAUUCCUAUAACAAGUUCUGUUGUUUUCACUGAUAUUUCUUCACCUGCAGAGCCAGGCUAUAAAGCUUGGCCCACCAUUAAUGCCAAGUUACCCUUUGAUUUUUUCUUUCCGUUUGUCUAAGUGAUGCUUUCAGAAAAGCUCAAUGACCCUUCCAGCUGACUCUGGCUGAAAUCAAUUGGAGACGCCUGCUACAGUCAACGCCUUCCAAAAUUCCCACUUACCGAAUCUUACUCUUCAACUAUAAAACAGUCUCACCGCAGGGACCUUCUAAUACCUGAAAAAGUUCACAUUUUGUUCAAACACCAGCCUGGUCCUUUAGAAUAUGCUUUCUAAUAGCUUUUCUGGAGUCUAACUGUUCCCAGCAGUCCACUCACCUACAUCUGUUCGUACAUAUUCUAAUUCUUUUAAUGUGUUGAUUUAUGAGCUGUGGAAGCAGAAGGAACUUUGUAGCCCAGUGGGCCGCAAACGAACACUUAAAAUGGAAGAAGAGAUGACAGAACUCGGUAUCAGAACUCAAAUCCGCUGCUGAGAAGAAGGCAUUGUUUGACGUAAGAUGGCACAUGUUUGCCCCUAUUUUGGUGCCGAUUUGAUUGUCAACUAAAGGAGUGGUAUGUUGGUAUUUUUGAAGUGAACAUUAUGUAAAUAACGAAGUGGCACAAGCAGCAACAGAAAUGAGGAAACUACCAACAAUAUGAAAAGAAUGGUUGGCAAAGAAGAGAUGUACUAAUGAUGAACAGUCGCUUGUAGAGAAGAAACGACCUUUUCAGCCUGGGUUC